AUAAACAAUAGCAUUUGUAUAUACUAUUCGUAGUUGGAUCCAUUACAUUUGAACCACGUACAUCUGAACCCACGUCAAUUGCACCUGCAUACUAUUGCACGCGGAUUUACACAUGGGUCCAAAUGUACAUGGUUCAAAUGUACGUGGGUUCAAAUGUACGGUCACCUUCGUAGCUACAUAUAAUGGGCGUUAAUUUUUAACUGCAAAACAAACAUGGGGAGAUACCGAGUUACCUCACCUGCGCCUAAUGAUGCGAAUCUAUUGCAACACGGUAGUUGUUAUUGCAGACACUGUAUGUUAUUAAACGGUGCAGUCGAAUAUAGCUAGAAGCGGAUUAAUAACGAAUUAGGAAGAUAUGGACCAAUAAAAAUUAGAUUUUUAUGAAAGUCGUCCGAUGCAUACUUUACCAUUGUGAUGUUGCGCUUUGUUUGACGUGUUAUGUCUGAACACGCGCUUUGAGUCCUGCUUGCAUGUCCGUGAAAAUACAAUAAAAUCGUGUUUUUGAGGAAGAGGGACUUUAUUUGGCGCGAAUGGUAAUAGUUAGCUUAUGAACGAAGGUAAUUAUCUGCAACAUAAUGCGCUUGUCAAACGUAGGCAAUGUCCCACUUUUAUUGGGAAAUAUGGGCAUGCAUGUUGGCAAGUUCGAUCUGAAAUAAUACGUAUGUACGUUCCGGUCUGCCGAUUACGUUGCUUUUUACAGGUUUAAUUUUAGCCAUUCGAUAGUCUAAUUUAGCCAUGACACACAAUGUGGAUAUUGUAUCAGAGUAUUCGUCAGUGUUGGGAGAAGGACCGCAUUGGGACGAUAUUAAGCAAAGGCUACUUUUUGUAGAUAUUACCAGGUCAGCAAUACACCGAUGGGACUACGCGACAGGCAAACUACAGGAAGCUAUUGUUUUAGAAGAACCUACCAUCGGCGCCGUUGUUCCCAGAGAAAAAGGUGGAUUUAUUGCUGCGGCAGCAAAUAAAUUUUUAUUAGUUGAUGAAGGCACAGGAAAGGCAGAAACAAUUUGUCAACCAACCGACAAUGUAAAGAGUAGAUUCAACGACGGGAAAUGUGAUCCGAGAGGCCGGUUUUGGGCAGGAACAAUGGGUCUUGAAGACAUUCCAGCUCAUCCUAUACCAAAACAAGGAGAAAUGUAUGUUCUGGAUACGGAUCUCAGUGUGUCAACAAAAAUGACAAACCUUGAUAUAUCAAACGGAUUAGCUUGGACAAAAGACGCUACCAAAAUGUUCUACAUAGAUUCUUUAACGUACCAAGUUACUUCUUACAACUACGAUAUCUCGGAUGGUUCCAUCGCAAACAAACAGAAGGUGGUUGACUUCAUCCUCGCAGAAGAUGGUACACCCGAUGGGCAAUGCAUCGACUGCGAUGGUAACUUAUGGGUUGCAAUGUUUUCUACGGGAAUUAUCAUUAAAAUUGAUACAACCCGAGGAGAGAAAGUUGAAAGGAUUAAGAUCAGUGAUACUGCCUUGAAGACGACAUCCUGUUGCUUCGGUGGACCGAAUUUCGAUGAACUAUUUGUAACUUCAGCGCUAAACGGAGAUUAUGAAUUGAAUAAGGGUCAAAAAGUCGGCGAUUCUGGGCGCCUUUUUCGAGUGAGGGGACUUGGUGUGAAUGGAUCUCCUGCAGUUGCUUUCAAAGGAUGAUCUAUCUACAUCCAAUGUUAAAGUUGGACAAUGUGGGAAAUUAUAUAUAUUUGUGUGUCUAAAUAAUUGAAUCAUGCAUGUCACGGUAAUUACGAUGUAUCUAAAAACAUUGUCAUUUUGAUCCAUAGUCGGUAAAUAUUACAUUGCAUUCAAUUCAGGAUUUGAAAUUGAGCUUCAAAAUGAAUAGGUCAACGGCAUUCUGUGUAGCAUUUGUAUAUACUGCACUUUGUUUUUGAGAAUUUGCAAAUUCUUUAUAUGCUAACGUCGAGAAUAUGAUUUCUAGAAAAUGGAGCAAAAUAAAUAGCAGGCGGAAGAGUUUUUGUAUACCGGAA